UGGCUGGUGAUAAUUUAUGAAACAUUAGACAAGUCAUUCAAGUCGUAUUCAACAUCAGUUUAAGUGUUCGAGGGAACAGUGCUAUAUGAUAUCGAGCAAACGUUGCUCGUGUUUUUUUCUUCGGGUUUCGGUCUAGAACUUGCUGAUUUUGGUAGACAAUUAUUUUUUUUAAUCGAUGAAUACUAGGUUAUAUUGACUCAUUGAACCCUCGAUCGUUUAUUAUUUGUUUCACUUUGAAGGCACGUGAUACUAGUAUAAGGAACACAGUAUACGGAACGCUUGUCUGUUUAGUGACAAGAAAACAUAUGUCUUUAUUGUGGCAGAUACAUGUAUAUGUUAAGUAUAGUUGACUUUAAAACGGAAACCUACUUCAACGAAUAUUGCUAGAUUUAAUAAAUGACUAUAUUUACUGUUAAUUAUUCGACGUCAACAGUGUAUUACACUAAUUAAGCGUCUGAAUGGAGCUAAGCAGUAGCAAUUAGUCGAUUUUAUUCCUUAUGUAACGAAUAACUUCAAUAACAUGCUAAAUGUUUAGUCCAUUGCCGUUAUAAACCAUUCGGGACAAGUCAGUUAAUUGCGUCUCGACAAUGAGUGUUUUAAUAAUGUUUUAAUAAUGCAAAAGCCAUGCGCGCGUUAGAAACUGGAGAUAAUAUUGAAAUCCGAGUAAACAUAUUUAUAGACACACAUAGCAUACGUGGCGUGACUAUAACCGAUUUAAAUUCAAAUUCUCUAAUGAAUGGUUCCAACUAAGAACGUCAACUGUUUGUACACACACAAAGUCAUUUGUGAGAAAAUUUGUAAAAUACAAAUUACACAACAAGACAUGUAUUUUUCAGAAAAGUAAAUCCAUAAAGAAAGUCUGUCUGGGUCAAUUUUGCAAUAACUAUUAGUAAAUCAUUCGUCUUGAACUCAAAGUGUCAAUUGUGUACAUGAAUGUUAAAACACGCUAGUUAAAAAGAAAGCAAUACAGGAUAUUCACGAAACGCCGAGAACAUCAUACUUGUGUUGUUCUUUUACAUUGUGUGGAUAUAUAUUGGCGCCUUCAACAGUGUGACAUAAAAAAACGUUCAAACAAAUAGCUAGUACCAAAAUCAACAACGGUUUUAAGUGGCAAAGGACAACAGACGGUCAUCAGCAUGACGUUUAUCGAUAGUACCGCGAGUGCGGUCAAAAGAGUGAAGGAUUACGUCAUAGGAUGCCGCGGUUCCCGGAAGUUGAUAUUGUUCAUCGUCUUCAUCGCCAUAUUUCUUGAUAAUAUGCUCCUUACUACAGUCGUGCCUAUAGUACCAAACUUUAUCCUCAAGCUAGAAGAAUCCACUGCGAACAAGGGAAAUGAGUCAUCUGAAUUGGACUUGUACAAUAUAAUUUGCAAAAAUAGGACGAACUUUAAUGACUCAUAUACCGUACAUGUUGCGGAGAAGUCUUCUUCCAUUUCACCGAAGUUCCUUAAGUCGCAUGCCCAUGGAAACGGGAGUGGAUACCAGCCAGGACCCCCGAUCGACUGCGAGAGCGUCCGAAAUGAAACGGCAGCCGAGGAUAUCCGAAAACGAGCGAAAGCGCGGGAAUAUGAGGAAUACGGGGAUGCAAACGUAAAAGCCGGACUCAUGUUCGGCUCGAAAGCUCUUGUACAAAUGCUCUUCAAUCCAUUUGUAGGACCAAUAACUAAUAGAAUCGGUUAUACAAUACCUAUGUUUACUGGGUUCUUUAUAAUGAUGACGUCGACAGUUAUAUUCGCAUUCGGAGAGACUUAUGCAGUGCUGUUCGUUGCGAGAGCUUUUCAAGGGAUUGGAUCCGCAUGUUCAAGCGUGGCGGGUAUGGGCAUGCUGGCGGUUCGUUACCCUGACGACGAGGAGAGGGGUAGAGCCAUGGGGAUAGCCCUAGGUGGCCUCGCCCUUGGGGUCCUCAUCGGUCCACCGUUCGGAGGAAUCAUGUACCAGUUCGCGGGCAAGGAGGCCCCCUUCCUCAUCCUGGCCUUCCUGGCCAUGUGUGAUGGCGCACUUCAACUGUUCGUCCUACAACCAGCCGUCCAGCCGGAGUCGCAAGAGGGAACGUCCUAUAUUACCCUCCUGAAGGAUCCAUACAUCCUCAUAGCUGCAGGUUCCAUAACAUUCGCUAACAUGGGCAUAGCUAUGAUAGAGCCUUCCUUGCCAAUAUGGAUGAAGAAAACAAUGGGUGCACAAGAGUGGGCAGAAGGUUUGGCCUUCCUACCAGCCAGUAUAUCAUACUCCCUAGGGACCAACAUUUUCGGUCCUGUCGCUUCCAAGAUUGGAAGGUGGCUGUCCACCAUGCUGGGAAUGAUCACGAUAUCAAUAUGCCUCUUUGCUAUUCCAUUUUGCAGAACAGCUGCAUUAUUAAUAAUUCCGAUGUUUGGACUCGGAUUUGCUAUUGGUAUGGUGGACUCCUCCAUGAUGCCCCACAUGGGCUACCUCGUGGACCUGAGACACGUGUCUGUAUACGGCAAUGUGUACGCCAUCGCCGACAUCGCGUUUGCCAUGGGCUUUGCCAUCGGUCCGAUGCUGAGUGGUUCAAUAGUGAAGGCCAUUGGUUUUAGCUGGAUGCUGUGGAUCACAGCCAUCUUGUGCCUCAUUUACGCACCCCUGAUCGUGUUCCUCCGUAACCCGCCCGGCAAGGAGGAGAAAAUGUCUCUUAUCAUGAAUGACCAGUGUCCAGUCCAAUAUGUCACGUACAACCAGACCAGUGCCGCCAACGCCACCUCCGAGGAUGAUGAAGACGACGACGGCUAUUUUCAAUAACGCUAUUCGACCUUGACCUGGAAGUCAGAGGACUGAACUUUAAUACUAUUAAAAUUUGUCUCCUCUGAUGCUAUGUUAAAAAUUCAAUGUAGAAGAGAUCAAUAGAUCACUGUGUAAGAAAAGGAAGAUAACUGUGUUAGACAAAGUAGAAUCAAGCGCUAAAUUUUCACAGUGAUCGCCUCUGAUGUGAUGUUUUUAUCCAAUAUAGGGGAGAUCACUGUGUUAGGAGCUGUAGAAUCCAGAGAUAACUGUUCACAGUGAUCAUCCCUGAUUUGCUAAAAAAAUCCAAUAUAGGGGAUAUCACUGUGUUAGGGAAGGCAGAAUCCCGCGCCAACAUUUCACAGUGAUCAUUCCUGAUGCGCGGUAUAAAUAAGAUAUAGGGGUUAUCCAUGUUUUAUGAAAGACAUAAUCCUGCGCAACAUUCUCUUAGUGGUUUUCUUUAAUGUGAUAUAUUAAUCCAAAUAAGGGAAAACAUGGUGUGAAGCAAAGCAGAUUCCUGUCCUAAAUUCUCGAUGUUCUCCCUUAUGUGCUGUAUACUGUAUAUUGGGGAGAUCACGGUGUAAAGCAAGUCAAGAUCAUGCACCACAUUACCACAUUGGGUUUCCUUGAUUCGCUGUGUUAAAUGCAGUGUAGGUAAAACCACUGGUAAUCAAGGCAGAUUCAAUAGUUAACUUCUCAAGGUGGUCUCCCGUGGUGUGCUGUAAACACCCAAUUUAGAGGAAAGCAUUGAACGAAGCAAUGCAGAUUCGUGUGCUUCUUUUGACUUCUGUUCUUCUGACAUUGGUCUCCUAUGGGGCGCUGCAUACUUUUAUUGAUGCAGCAAUUUUGGCGAGAGGAUUAUUUGAAGCAAAGGCAGAUUCCCGUGCUAAUUUUUAAGGGUGGUCUCCCUUAAUGCACUGUAAAACUCUAAUGUAAGGGCUAGCACUGAGUGGAAUGGGUACUUACUACAUGUGUUCAUUGUUAAACAAUACAAAAGACUGUAGGGGUGAUAUGGUCGUAGUGUCGAGUUGUAGAUUCUGUGAGAGUAGUGUUUGCCUUUGUCCAUGUAUUUUAAAACGUGACGAGAAACGACUGAAAAUUGGAUAAGAGUUAGAAUCUCUAAUGUUUACGUAAGUUAUGAAAGCAGUAAACAAACAAAUUUAUCAGUUAGUAUGGGUGCUGACAACAGUGAUAUUGAUAUGUUAUUAACAUUAAUAAAUCGUAGCAUACACUAGCAAAAAUGUACAUAUUUCUUCCAAGUGCGAAAUUGAUGUUCUUGUCGCGAAUUCUGCCCCUAACAUGUUUUAACAUGUCAAGAUGGUUGACAGUACUGUUGUGUUAAUGUUAUAAAAUUUUGUGUAUUUUCGAAAUUGAUGUAAGAACUGCGAACGAAUUAAAAUUUAAUUAAUAUAUUAUCCAGUUGGAUUCAAUGUCUUUCUUCGUAAAAAUUGCAUUAAAUAGCCAAUGAUUUACAGUGUUUUAAUUUUCUCACAAUAGAUGCAUGUAUUAUAGAAUACAAGCCAGUUUUUGUCAAAAUUUUCUUAUUUGUACUUUUUGUAGAAAAUUUGUAGGUUAUUACCGGUACCAUGUGCGUUAACUAUUGAAUAAAUAUAUAAGCACAACUUACCAUAUAGUGAUAUGUAAUUGUUAACAAACACAAAAAACACAUGAAAACAAGAUUGUUUAAGACCCUAACAUGCAGUGAUAUUUUUAUGAAUGUCUGGUGGAAAUCCUGUUACUAUGUAAGUAUGUAUUGUUAUACUGUGCAUGUAGUCUAAUAAAGCUUUUGACGUUUAAGAA